UUUAGAAAUUCUGACGUUGCCGCGAUAUUUAAGCCGUUUUACAAAUAUUCUAAAUAAAAACUAGCGUCUUUAUACACAUUGAAUUGUUAUUAUGAAACCUUCUGCGAUUAGAUUAGCAUUGGUUAGCAUUUAGAGGCCAAACUCUUAAAGUGACAUUUGUCCAUGCUAUGGAGUGUCAGUGCUGCUGCUCCCCUGAGGUUCGAUCUUGAGCGGCUCAAACGUGUGACUGAUUCAAACCAUGGAGCUCAAACCUGAGUGCUGCGCCUCAUCCGUGCCCAACUCUCAGUGUGAGCUUCAGCUCCACAUCUACGAGACCAUCAGUGAGGGGAACGUGAACAAGCUGGAGAGCUCAGUGCUGGUGCGCGCCGGCAGCGACCCCAGCUCCUAUCCCUCCUCCAAACGCCAGAGGUUCAUCCGCAGGAGCCUGUGGUUCACCGAUCAUGAAGAGCCCCAGGCCAGCGACUGCCAGCUGGAGUGUGAGGAGCUCCGCAUCCACCUGAGGACUCUGGCCGUCCGGUCCGGUUUACAGGAGGAACUGAGCGCGGACAGCCAGACGGCUCAGAGAGAGCUGGAGAGCAGCGGCGCAGAUCUCCGAGCGGACGGCCUGAAGACUCACAUGAAGACAGCCAGCGAGGAGAACGAGGAGGAGGCUGAAAUGAAGGCCGUGGCCACCUCUCCCAGCGGACGCUUUCUCAAGUUUGACAUCGAGAUCGGCCGCGGCUCCUUCAAGACGGUCUACAAGGGCCUGGACACGGACACCUGGGUGGAGGUGGCCUGGUGUGAACUUCAGGACCGCAAGCUGACGAAGGUGGAGAGGCAGCGCUUUAAAGAGGAGGCUGAGAUGUUGAAGGGUCUCCAGCAUCCAAACAUCGUGCGCUUCUAUGACUUCUGGGAGUCUCCGCUGAAGGGGAAGAAGUGCAUUGUGCUGGUGACCGAGCUCAUGACGUCAGGCACGCUCAAAACGUAUCUGAAGCGCUUCAAGGUGAUGAAACCCAAGGUGUUGCGCAGCUGGUGUCGUCAGAUCCUCAAAGGCCUGCACUUCCUGCACACACGCACUCCUCCCAUCAUCCACCGGGACCUGAAGUGUGACAACAUCUUCAUCACGGGGCCCACGGGCAGCGUGAAGAUCGGGGACCUGGGGCUGGCCACGCUCAAAAGAGCCUCCUUCGCCAAGAGUGUGAUCGGUACGCCGGAGUUCAUGGCUCCAGAGAUGUACGAGGAGCACUACGAUGAGUCCGUGGACGUCUAUGCAUUUGGCAUGUGCAUGCUGGAGAUGGCCACGUCUGAAUACCCAUAUUCAGAGUGCCAGAACGCCGCUCAGAUCUAUCGCAAGGUCACCAGCGGGGUGAAGCCUGCCAGUUAUAACAAAGUGAUGGAUCCUGAGGUCAAAGAGAUCAUUGGCGAGUGUAUUUGUCAGAAAAAAGAGGAUCGUUACUCCAUCAAGGACCUGCUGAAUCACGCCUUCUUCGCGGAGGACACCGGCGUGAGGGUGGAGCUGGCGGAGGAGGACGACGGCUUGAAGACGUGCAUCGCGCUCAAGCUGUGGGUGGAGGACCCCCGCCGGCUGAAGGGCAAGUACAGGGACGCAGGAGCCAUCGAGUUCAGCUUCGACCUGGAGAAGGAGGUCCCUGAGGCCGUGGCACAGGAGAUGGUUGAGUCUGGUUUCUUCCAUGAGAGCGAUGCAAAGAUAGUGGGCAAGUCUCUCCGUGACCGAGUGGCUCUGAUCAAGUGGCGCAGGGAGAGGACGGUGCCGAGGGCCUCGCAGGGCGUGCCGGGUGACACGGGGCCCAUCCUCUGUGAGCCGCCCGUUCUGCCGGAGCCUGAAGAGCCAGAGGUGGAUCAGCAUGUUCUGGUGUGUCCGCUCGGUGCCAGGACCACAUCCACCACCUCUGACAGUGGCAUCGGUUCAACCGUGUACGCGGACUCCUACAGCAGCGGUCUGCACAGUGUCAUAUACCAGUCUUUACAGGAGUCUGUCUUCACAGCAGCCCAGGAGGGUGCACAUCAUGAAAGCUCUUCUGUAAAUGAGUUAAUCCGUGUCCUGCUCCGACCCACAAGUCCUGCCUCCUUUCAAAUACCACGAGACCAAUCAAAGAUGACACAAGAUGGAUUGGGAAGUUCUCACUCUGGAAAUCUGCUGCGCGCUCCUUCGCUUGUAACGACUCGCCGCUAUAGCGACACAUCAGUGGGGCCGUCCUCUGAGACAAAGGGGGAGGGGUCUGUCUCCAUGGCAAGGCAGGGGCGUCGGCUUUCUUUAAACCCCGCCCCUCACCAGCCACCGUCCCCGUGUCAGGCCUGCUUAUCCUUAUUUCUGCUUGGGACAUGUGCAGAUAGAAGACAUUCGCCCUAUUCUUUAUUUCCUCUUCCUCACGUCCCUGAUGUCCGCAGAGGCUCCUUCAGUGAGACCUCUGACCUCUCCCAGCUUAACAAAUCUCUGGAGAGCAUCACGGGCCACAGACAUCAGCCCGAGGGAGGGCAGUACCGGCCUGUCCGCAGCUACAGCGAUGAGGGGCACACCCUGGAGCCGCCUCACGAAGCACUGACCUCCCGUCGCAGAGCCAGUUACUGUGCUGGCGAGCGCUCUCUGGCUGAAGCGUCUUCUGUUCUGAGAGUCCACAGCCAGGUCGCAGCUGCUGCAGCUCAACACAUGCAGCCGUUCCCUUCUGUCUCCUCAGAGACCCCCGGACAGAAUCUGUCUGCUCCCCUGCCGCUGGUGCUUCUGCAGGGUGUCUCGACCGCACCGCAAACCAUGAAUCCACAGCAGCUGGCACCUACAGGUCAGACUGCAGAGGUGAACACACAGGCCUACGUGCUCCAAACUGCAGCAUCACAUCAGCCAGUCUCUGUGCCGCAGAGUGGCGCGGGUCCGAGUUACCAUCCUGCCGGGGCAGAGCUAGCAAAUGCACAGACAUUUCCACCCAUGCAGCUCACUGCAGUCGUAGCUGCACACAGUCUCCAAUCUAAAACAGAAGCAGCGCUGCCUGCAGAUCAGAGCUUUCAGAGCGGAGCCUUCAGCAUGCAGCAUAUCCUGCCAGCAUCUGCACAGACUCGACAGACACCUGUGUUACAACAUCUGCAGCAGCUCACUGCGACUGCCACAACAGAUGGGCAACUCCGAGACAUCUCAAACAUGCAGCAAACUGCCCCUGUGCAGCUGAGCCAGACAGGACCUGCACCACCUGUCCCACAGUUUCCUUCCAUUAACUCAGCUCUUGCUCUUCCUGGAUGUGAGCCGUACCCCGCCUGCCUUCCCUCUGUGCAGUCCUCCCUCAGUCUGCCUGUCCCGACACAGCCCGACAUCUCACCAGUGGCAUGCUCACAGAUGGAGAUCUCUGCACUAACCCAGUACCCCCACCUGUCCUCCAGCUCUCCUAUACCCACACAAUGUCCUGCUCCACCCUGUGCUGCUCCAGUGUUCACGCCUCCAGUUCCCACAAUUCACCAGUACCAGCAGCCCGCCAUAAACUCUAUGGCCGCUCUCUCCCAACAUUCCCACAGUCAGGCCACGCCCACAGUGCACCAAAGUCUCCACCCCUCUCCAAACCCCGCCUCUAUGUGUGUCGGACUCCCUCCCACUACACAAGCUCCGCCCACCCAGGGAGUCUUGACCAGCCAUUCUCAGACGGUCCACGUGGACCAGAACUCGUCCAGUAGCUCCGAUCACGUCAUUGUUUCUCAGAUGAUGACACAUCUGACUCCAGCUCCUGUCCUGAGCUCCAGUGUCCCGCAGUCAGGAGCUGGCCCCAGCCUGAGCAGUGUGACCCCAGCGCUGCAGCACAGCACCAGCGGAUGUGGAGCAGCUCCCACUGAAGUCUGCUCCGAGGCUCAUGUUCCUGAUAAACACACAGCAGCAGUUGGGUCCACGUAUGACAGUAUAAACUCCGAUGCCACAUCCGGUAAAGAGAUGAGCGAUGGGAACGAGGGCUCCGGCAGAGCUCGCAGUGAGUCACGAGUGAGAAAACCCAACCGCAAAACAUCCCGCACGCGCUCCCGACAAGACAAGAUCAACAGACCCAAACUCACCAUGAUCAAAGUGUGCGACACCGGAGACAAGAUGGUGGAGUGUCAGCUGGAGACUCAUAACCAUAAGAUGGUGACGUUUAAGUUUGACCUGGAUGGAGAUGCUCCAGAGGAGAUUGCCACAUAUAUGGUUGAGAAUGAGUUUAUUCUGUUGCUGGAGAGGGAGAUGUUCAUCGAGCAGCUGAAGGAGAUCAUGGAUAAAGCGGAGGACAUUCUGAACGAGGACGCUGAGGGUGAGAAGGCCUCCGUCCAGACCUCACUGCUCCGUCAGACGCCGGUCACAGCAGACUCUGGCCCGCAGGGGUCAAAACCGGAGCACACACAGUCUGACCAGCUCAUCUAUAAACAGAACGUGCUUCACACCGGAAAGCGCUGGUUCAUCAUCUGUCCUGUUGCGGAGAUGGUCGCGCCUGAUGGAGAAGAGGCCACCGCGAACCCAGAGAGCUCCUCUACAUCUCAAACGCAGGAUGUGAACACAGCCAGACCAAAACCUCUGCAGAAACGACCAUCGAUGUCACAGGCGUCCCUCUCUGAGGUUGCUCUGUCGGUCGAGGGCCCUCAGACUGCCUGCUCGGCUGUGGUUCCUGAUAUCUCAUGCUGCCCCAUUGUGCCUCCAGUUUCACUGGACGUCUCUGCUCAGGAAGUGGCAGAGGUCCCUCAGCAGCAAGUCACUUACAGCACCAGCCCCGGUGUGGAGCCGCCCAUCAGCCCUACCCAGACCCCACCCGUGGUGCUGCUUCAGCCCUUUGCCACGCCCACUCCACAGGCUUCGGUCAGCGGCAGCCAACCACAGCCUCAGAGCCCCACCCGUCAGCCCCAGAGCCCCACCCAUCAGCCCCAGAGCCCCACCCAUCAGCCUCAGAGCUCCACCCAUCAGCCCCAGAGCCCCACCCAUCAGCCCCAGAAUGCCCCAUCCCUGCAGCCAGGCGAAUCGGAUGGGGAAGGGCCGCCCAGGCUGGAGUUUGCAGACAGAACGAUAAAGACUCUGGAUGAGAAACUGAGAAAUCUUUUGUACCAAGAGUACCACCCUUCGCAAACCACGAGCUCCGCCUCUGAGCCACCUGGAUCACCGCCGCUGUCCGACAGCCAGGGCAGUGAUGGUGCCGUGAGGAAAGCAGAAAAACUGCCGCAGAUUCCAGAGAGAUCUGACAGUCUAGGGACCUUGAGUGAUUCUGCUGUCGCCCCCUUCAAAAGACAUCUGACCAGAAAAGACUCUGGGGCCACUUCUGCCACACACACAUCCAAGAGCCACUGCCAGAUUGAGCCGACAGAUUCAGAUGUUUCUUCUCAUGAUGGAGGAGAUCAUGUGAUUGAUCUUGAAUCUGCAGCUCUUCCUGUAAUCGAGGACAGACACAGAUCCACAUCAAAGUCACAAAACAACCGUUACUCAGCACCUCUUGACUUAUAUCAGGACACAACUACUUCGUUUCCAGAGGCCAGACCCACACUGCCUUGCGCUCAGAGCUCGCUGUCAGCGGACGGGAUGGUGCAGUGCUUGUCCUCAGACACCGGAGAGGAGGAUCAGAGCGAGACUCCGUCCACUAAGCCCUCGUCUCUGGUUCCUGCCCCGUCCGAGUCAGGCGGCAGGGACUUCAUGAAGCGGGCAGUGGCGUUCCUCCGGCGCUCGGGCCACAGCAGCAGUGUCCAAAGCUCCGACUCACCCCCUUGCCCUCUGGUGAAUGGACACGCCCACUCUGUUAGUGGCCACGCCCACUCCGCUUACAUCAGCAGUGAUAACGACUCUGAGUUUGAGGACGCUGAUAUGAAACGAGAACUACAGAAGCUGAGAGAAAAGCACAUGAAGGAGAUCUCCGAGCUUCAGGCUCAUCAGAGAGGAGAGAUCGAGCAGUUGUACUCUCGGUUGGGUCAGCCGGUUCCUCCCAGCAUGGGCUUCUUGCAUGCGGUGCCACCUUCAGGCCGCCGUCGCAGAGCCUCCAAACACAAGCUGAAAGGAAGCCGACUGCUCAAUCCCAUGGUGCAACAUCUUAGGAACAACCGAAGCAACAGCUCUACGGAGACGUGCUCCAGUGUGUCAGGGUCUCCGGUCAAGAGCUCGCUUCUGGGUAACAGCUCAGUGGCAUCCAGCACAGCCACGCUGAGCCCCGUGUCAGAACCACUGGAGCUGGUCCAGACUCAGCAGCCCUGCUCGCUCAAGGGCUCUCUGUCCUCUGACAACAUCUACAGGCCCACCACACACACACCACCUCGACAAGGCUGGACCGUUUACCACCAAACAUCUGAGCGAAUCACCUAUAAAUCUAGUAGCAAACCACGCACUAGAUUCCUCAGUGGACCCGUGUCUAUGUCCAUCUGGUCCACUCUGAAACGGCUAUGUCUAGGGAAAGAGCACAGCAGUAGUUCUCCUAGUACUGGUACUGCCCAUGUGACUUCAGCAUCCAAUCAGAACCUGCCUCCCACAGCCAUACCUGCUGCAUCCUCUCGGCCGAUCACUGUGCUUGUUCAGGCUCAAGCAAACAACAGCAACAACAAAAGCGGUACCUUCACCGAUGACCUACACAAGCUGGUUGAUGAUUGGGCAAAAGAAACUCUUGCCUCCGGCUCUCAGCUCCGCCCCUCUGUGUGUCAGAGUAGACCGCAGAGAUUUUAUCAGUCCUUCCAGACCAACCCCACUCCAAUGGCCAGAAUCCCCAAUCAGAUAAGGGGCUCAAUCCCUCAGGCAGCUGUGAAGUUCCAUCUCCCACUGUCCUGUCCUCUGUCAGCAGCUCUAGGUCCCAUCAUGCCUCAUGGUAUCACCAGCACCCCAUCACCCAUCCUCCAGCGGGCCGGGUACUUGAUACCAACCGCCCCCUUUGCUGGGAUGAUGCCAGCCCCCGUGUAUCCAAACCAGUGGUCCGGUUUGCCCAGUCCAGUGGGCAUGUUUGCUACGGCUGGUAUGGUCCCAUAUCCGGCCAUGGCCAGCCCAGCACUGCACACUUUUCCUCUGGUGGUGAAAAGCCCAGACACCCCGAUGUGCCCCAGCAAAACCAGGACUGCAUAAGAGAGCCACCCUGCACUCCAAACACCACAACAGACACUUGCAGAAGGAUAAUCAUGCAAGCUAAACACAGCUGAUUACAGACAUGAAGGGAGCAUUUUCUCCUGUACGAAUGAAUCGCCCACUAGUUUGCAGAGAAGUGGGAGUUUCUGCAAUACUCUAGAAUAUGUUUUUAACUCUGCUUCUGGGCCAAACCACAAUCUGUGAAAUGUCUGUGUGCUUUAGGUUGCUUUUAGAUUAUGGACACAUCUGUGCAAAGCAUUUGAGCCUGUACAUAUGAGAAGUGUGU